AUGAACUCUGAAGAAGAUGACGAUAGUAUUCCACACAUAUAUCUAUUAGGUAAAACAUAUUUACCUAUCAAUGAAAAAUUUCAUAUUCGAAAUGAUCCUAUAAUACAUAUGGCUGCUGGUGAUAGACAUUCGAUUAUUGUUACUGAAAGUGGUCGUGCAUUUGCUUUUGGUGAUAAUAAUUCAGGACAAUUGGGUCUUGGUCAUACGAAUAAUAUCGAUAAAGUUUCAUGUAUCAAAAGUUUAAAAUUUGGUAAUACAGGUGAAAAAAUUAUUUUAGCUGCAUGUGGUCGUGAAUCAUCAUUAGUUGCUACAAAUCAAGGUUCAUUAUAUGGAUUUGGUUCAAAUAAUUAUUAUCAAUUAGGUAUUGAUUCAAAUGAAUCAACAACUAUUUAUUCAUAUCCUGUUAAAAUAAAAUGUUUUAAUAGAAGAAUAUCAUGGAAAGAAAUUUCAAUGGGUGCUGAACAUUCAUGUGCAUUAACAAUAUAUGGUGAAGUUUAUGUUUGGGGAUCAAAUGAAGAUAGUCAAUGUGGAUAUUCACCUAAUUAUUCUUUUAUAAAACUACCCGAAGAACUUAGAUUAGAAUAUUCAGUUUUUUCUAUUUCAUGUGGAUAUUAUCAUACAGCAUUAAUCAAUGAAAAUCAUCGAUUAUUUUUAUGUGGAAAUAAUGAAAAUAAACAAUUCGGACGAACAGUAACAGAUCAAUAUAUUAGUCCAUUAGAAGUUUCACUACCAGAACCUGUUAAAGCUGUGGCAUGCGGAAAUCAAUAUACGGUUGUAUUAACAGAAAAUGGAAAUGUUUAUACUUGUGGAAGAGGUGAUCGUGGUCAACUUGGUCUUGGUGUUGGAGUUCCAUUUGCAAAAUAUUUUGAAUGUAUUAAAUUGAAUUUACCAGAUGAUGUUAUAUCUAUAGCUGCUGGUGAAGCUCACACAGCUAUUCUUAGUUCUCAAGGUGAUUUAUAUGUAUUUGGUGAUGGUAAACAUGGCAAAUUGAGUUAUGGAGCUCAUUCAAAUGAAUUUCAACCGUGUUCUAUUGAGAAAUUUAAAAGAUACAAUGUAACGAAAGUUGUUUGUGGUGGUUGUCUAACAGUAGUUCUUGCUCAAAGUAGAUCAUUUGACAAUGAAGAAGAUAGUGAAAAUUCAGAAAACAAAAUUACAAAAAGUAUCUCACGUCUUAAUCAUCAAUUAACAAUGACUAAACGAACAACUGCAGAUGGAUUGUUUCAAUACAACGAAUCAUUUAGAAAAAGAUUUCCUUUACAUUCUGAAUCAAAUUUGGAUUCUGAUAGCUCGUCUACAUCAAUAGAAAGUGUAUUGAAGAAUACAACACAUUUAGGAAUAAAUGGAGAAUUCAAACCACUACGUUCAAUAUUAAAAUCAAGCAGUUCUUCUAUAAGUAGUAAAGAUUCUACAACAUUAAAAACUGAUGUAUAUGACAACAUGACAGAUGAUUUAACAAAAUCAACUAAUCAUAUUUCAUCUACUGAUAAAUCAUAUAAAUAUGGUACAAAAUUAGAUCGUAGAAAUCGAAAACAGAUUUCAUCAUCUGAAGAAUCAUCUACAUCUACAUCUACAUCAGAAGAAAGUCAACAGGUAAAAUCAUCGGACAAUAAUAAUAUUAAUACAAAUACAGAAUCAAUUGCGAAAACGAAAUUAACAAAAAAUAUUUCUAAUAGUCAACAAUCAGAAUCAUCAACAAGUGUUAGUCGUAGUACAACAGAUACUUCUAAUGAAGAAAGUCAAGCAAAAUCUUUAGGAACAAUUGAUAAUCUUCAUAAUAGUUUUCCUUCACAUCCAAUAAUAAAUUCAUAUACUGAAUUAAAUGAAUCCCAACCUGGUUUUUUUUCAAGAUUUUUCUUGGGAAAAUCUUCACAAAAUUUACCGCCAAAUAAAAAUAAGAAUUCUAGAAUAUGUUCAAUUAUGUAA